AUGGAUGCAGACUCCUUCCUGGACCACAUUGUCGCGCAUGCGCGCGUGGGCGCGAGCAUCGACGCGCUGCAGAACGCACGGCCCUUCACCAACAGGCACAGGUUUGCGCUUGAGCAGCUGAAGGAGGACCUGCAGAAGGGCGGCUCUUACGUUGAGGAGGCUGUGAGGCUUGACGUCACUGGGGUGAUGACGCGUGUGAUGAAGGCCUGCCCAGAGACCCCCCUCCCCACCACCACCACCACCACCACCACCACCACCACCACCAUCACCACCACGACCAGAUGA